AUGGUUGGCAAUAAUCAAUUUGAUAUUGUUAUUGUUGGUGGUGGGAUCGCAGGCCUUUCGGCGGCAAUCGCUUUGAGGGGACCCAAUCGGCGUAUUACUGUGUUGGAACAGAGCCACCUGAACAAGGAAAUUGGUGCAACAAUAUCACUACAACCAAAUGCUUCAAAAAUUGUUAAGAAGCAAUGGGGCCUUGAAGACGUCCUUGCCAAAAAGGGCGCAAUGGCCGAUAAAGCUUUCCGCAUCUACGAUACAGAUGGCAAAUUGCAUGCAGAAAUCCCAUUUCAUUUGAAAAAGAGCUAUGGCGCUGAGCGCAUGGUUUACCACAGGGUUGAUUUGCAUGAUGCAUUGAAAGAAGGCGCGACGAAACAAAGUCCCGAGAACGGCUCGGUCAGCAUCCGUACCGGAUGUGUCGUUCAGAGUUGCGAUCCCGAUGCUGGUGUUGUGAAGCUUGAGUCCGGCGAGGAAAUCUCGGGAGAUCUCAUAGUCGGAGCAGACGGAAUUAAGAGUGUUUUGAGGAAAUCUGUUAUUGGUGUGGAAGAGCCUGCAAUUCCUACUGGAUUAUCAGCUUAUCGGCUCAUCAUGGACAGCUCCGAGCUGGAGGAAGAUAAGGACUUUACGGCGGUCAUUGACCCCCGAGAAUCUUUGACAACCAUGAUCAUGGGCCACGACCGCAGGAUUAUCAUGGGUCCCGCAAGGAAUGGCUCUAUUUACAGUAUUAUCGCUCUUGUGCCUGACGACCAGAUGCAAGAAAACGCAGAAGGAAAGUCAUGGACGACCAAGGGAGAUCCUGAUAAGCUUAGGAAGACAUUUGAGAUGUUUCCAAAGUGGGCUCAAGCAGUUUUCAAGAACUGCAAAGAGGUCGGACUAUGGCAGCUGCGUGACCUGGACCCGUUAAAGACAUGGUACCGUGGCCGCACAAUCUUAAUUGGGGAUGCAAGUCACCCAAUGCUUCCCACGCAAGGUCAGGGGGCAAGCCAAAGUGUGGAAGACGCCGAGGCUCUCGGGGCGAUCUUUGCCGAAGUCAAGAUCAAGCCCGCAACAGCCGAAGUUACCGCUCUUCUCAAGACUGUUUUCGAAUGUAGAUAUGACCGCGCAACGAUCAUACAAGCUUACAGCCGGCAGUCCGGGAAACCAGCGACAGAGAAGUCGAGCAACAAAAUCACCAUGAGGAACCCUGGCGAGUUUAUGGAUUACAACUGCACCUACAGCGGAGCGCGAGACUGGAUGGAGAAGCGCGUGAAGACAUCGGAGCGGAAUUGCGGGGAUCCACUUCAUACGGCGACGAAGCAGAUGACGACUCUCAGUCUUGGUAGCGAUUAA